GUGGAGUGUAUAUAGCUGCAUCUUUCCCGUAGAGUGGUCAAUUGGAGAGCGCCAACGUCCUCAGCCAGAAAGUGUUUCUGAAAGUGCUGAAGGGUUAGCCAGGAAAGCGCGAGAGCGCUACCGCUGUGGGAAGAUGAAGCGGCUUCUUCUUGUGUUCCCCCUGUUCGUGAUGCUUCUGACCAAGAACUUCACAGUGGCUUCUUCCCAUGAACCUUUCUAUGAUGACAAUGGUGAAAUAAUAAUGCCGGACUGCAAAAUGUAUGGCAAUCCAGGAUGUCCAAGAGACUUAAACCCUGUAUGUGGAACAGACUCCUUAACCUAUCCUAAUGAAUGUUCACUUUGUGAGAAAAGCAGGGAACAAGGCAAGGACAUCCAAAUCAAAUGGAAGGGGUUUUGCUGAUGGGACAAUGGACAAAGAAGAAAAUACUACUGAGAGAAAAGCCUUUCAAAUAGGAGCAUCAUCUGCAAUUUGAGCUUCUGCUUUUUCAGUUUCACCAAUUUGGCUGACUGGCUUCCCUGCUACUUCCUGGAGGAUUUAUUACUCAAGAUGUAAUUGGGAGAGGGAAUGUGGGAAAGAACCAUCCGCCGUGCCCAUCUGGCUUUGUUGUUAUUCCCUUUGCUGGGUCUCUCCUUCUAGCCCUAGCCUGGUGGUUUCAACAUUGUUUCCAAACCUGAAUAAAACCAGCUUUUAGUUCCCUGGCAA